UUCGCUAACUACAGUACGCAUCGACCAUUCCUAUUUAUCGCGAAAUCUUGCUGUAACUGCUCAGUCUUGUGCGUCGUUUGAUAGCAAUCCUCGAACUGUUAUUUUAUCUCACUAGCUGUAUUUAUCCGGAUCCGGAUUAGCGAUAUCAUAUUUCGAUUUUUAGAUGGCAACUCAAGUUUGUACGAUUUGAUGUGCGUGGAGGCCAGCGGUAACGCCGUUAUGUUAGCCCGAAACAGCUAGCUCGUAUUCGCUCUGUUUUGUUUCCGUGAGUUAUAAGGAAAUACUUUCAUUUUUUGGUUUUAGUGCUAGAUGAGUGAGGUGGGUGUGGCCUCCCAUCAGACUGACCAUCCUGAUUGACGGAUUCCUGGAUGACCUUGUCCCUGCCCCCGUCCCCGCCCUCACAUACACCGUUCCCACUGCAAUGUCACAUCUGCCCAGCAGCUCAGUCCGCGAUCAUAUGAAAUGGGCAGGGUUGCUUGGCUGUGAGGCUGUUCUCUCAAGUAUGGCCCUGAUGCAGGCCAGCUCCAUGGCCGGUCCGCCAAAGAAGAUGAUGGCUCCGCUCGGACAUGGACCACCGCCCCAGAGGGAUGGCCCUGACCGCGGUCCUCAGAGUCACAUGAUCCUGCCAUCUGGAAUGAGCUGUCCACCCCUGCUUAUCCGGAAGGAGGGCGACUUCCACACCCCCCGCCUGCUGGACGAGAAGGAAAUGAGGGCCAAUGAAGACAUGCAGCUGAAAAAGAAGAACAGGAAGUCAGGAACGCCCUGUAAAGUGAGAGAGCAAGACGGGAGGGGAGGGAAGGUGGUUGUUGUGGAUGAGAAUGGUAACUGUCCAAUAUCUAAAGUGCAGAAAAACUUCAUCUGCAAUCAUUGUUAUGGCGCAUUUAGGAGUGGAUAUCACCUGAAGAGACACAUCCUCAUUCAUACAGGGGAGAAGCCGUACGCUUGUGGCAUAUGUGACAUGAGAUUUAUUCAGCGUUACCACCUGGAGAGACACAGCCUGAUUCACACGGGGGUGAAGCCGUACGCUUGUUCCAUGUGUGACAUGAGGUUUUUCCAGCGUUACCACCUGGAGAGACACAGCCUCACUCAUACGGGGGUGAAGCCGUAUGCAUGCAACAUGUGUGACAUGCGAUUCUUCCAACGUUACCACCUGGCGAGACACAGCCUCACUCAUACGGGGGUGAAGCCGUACGCUUGCAACAUGUGUGACAUGAGGUUCUUCCAGCGUUACCACCUGGCGAGACACAGCCUCACUCAUACGGGGGUGAAGCCGUACGCUUGUUCCAUGUGUGACAUGAGGUUUUUCCAGCGUUACCACCUGGCAAGACACAGCCUCAAACAUACGGGGGUGAAGCCGUACGCUUGUUCCAUGUGUGACAUGAGGUUCUUCCAGCGUUACCACCUGGCGAGACACGGCCUCACUCAUACGGGAGUGAAGCCGUAUGCUUGUUCCAUGUGCGACAUGAGGUUUAUUCAGCGUUAUCAACUGGAGAGACACAGCCUCACUCAUACGGGGGUGAAGCCAUUUGGUUGCACCAUGUGUGACAAGAGGUUCUUCCAGCGCUACCACCUGGCAAGACACAGCCUCACUCAUAUGGGUGUGAAACCUUACGCUUGCACCCUGUGUAACAUGCGGUUUGUUCAGCGCUACCACCUGACAAGACACAGCCUCAAACAUACGGGGGUGAAGCCGUACGCUUGCACCAUGUGUGACAAGAGGUUUUUCCAGCGAGACCACCUGCGGAGACACAGCGUCACUCAUAUGGCGGUGAAGCCGUUCGCUUGCACCAUGUGUGACAAGAGGUUUUUUCAGCGCCACCACCUGCAGAGACACAGCAUCACUCAUAUGGGGGUGAAGCCGUACGCUUGCACCAUGUGUGACAAGAGGUUUUUUGAGCGCCACCGCCUGCGGAGACACAGCAUCACUCAUAUGGGGGUGAAGCCGUUCGCUUGCACCAUGUGUGACAAGAGGUUUUUUCAGCGCCACCACCUGCGGAGACACAGCAUCACUCAUAUGGGGGUGAAGCCGUACGCUUGCACCAUGUGUGACAAGAGGUUUUUUCAGCGCCACCACCUGGCGAGACACAGCGUCACUCACAUGGGAGUGAAGCCGUAUGGUUGCACAAUGUGUGACAAGAGGUUUUAUCAGCGCCACCACCUGGCAAGACACAGCGUCACACAUAUGGGGGUGAAGCCAUACGGUUGCACCAUGUGUGACAAGCGGUUUUACCAGCGUUACCUCCUGGCAAGACACAGCCUCACUCAUUUGGGUAGGGGCCCGCUCACCGUACCCACUGUACCCAAGAUCAGGCUACACCUGAACCCCAGUAUACAGGGGGUGAAGCCAUAUGGUUGCACCAUGUGUGACAAGAGAUUUUACCAGCGAUACCACCUCUCAAGACACAGCCUCACUCAUUUGGGUGUGAAACCUUACGCUUGCACCAUGUGUGACAUGAGGUUUGUUCAGCGCUACCACCUGACAAGACACUGCCUCACUCAUACGGGGGUGAAGCCGUAUGCUUGUUCCAUGUGUGACAUGAGGUUUAUUCAGCGUAACCACCUGGAGAGACACAGCCACACUCAUACGGGGGAGAAGCCGUUUGCUUGUGACAUGUGUGACAUGAGGUUUAUCCAGCGUUACCAUCUGGAGAGACACAAGCGUGUCCACAGCGGAGAGAAGCCUUAUCAAUGUGAGCGAUGCCAGCAGAACUUCUCGCGGACGGACCGGCUGCUGCGACAUCGGCGGCUGUGCCAGGGCCGUGGUGUGGCCAAGGUGGAGAACCAGCCGUGCUGCGAGCCCCGCCCUUACUCCCAGGAGCCCCCACCCGCUCCACCCACCUGGAGCCCCCUUCACCCACCCCCUGGUCGACUGGCUGUCUGACUGACAUUCCCUCCCAUCCUCCCUCCCUCCAUACACACACACCAUCUCCCAGAGACAGGACAGGCCACCUAGUCUCACUCAACCCUGCACUCAGUGGCGCCACACUUUGGCAAAGACUGAUCCUUCAUCUCGGGUCCUGAGGUUACUAUGACAGUGGGACAGAUGUUUUUGUCUUCUUUUGAGAGCGAGUGUCCUUCGAUAAUCGCUGGUCUAUUUUGUACUUAAUCUAUUUUUUAAAAGUUGUUUUUUAUUAUUAUUUAGAUGUAUUGUUUGCUGUUGGUGGUACUCUCUGGUAGAGGGGGUGGGUGUUAAUGUUUGUUACACCAUAACAAUGAUGAAGUGGGAUAUAUAUAUAUAUAUCUAUAUAACAAUAAACAACACAGGACGUUUGUAGAAAAUGUAGUUUGUGAAAGAAAAAAAGAGUUGUCAGACAAUGGUACAGGUGUCAGAACUAAAACUAAAAAGGGGUUCCAUAAAGUUUGAUUUUAGGACGAUAUAGGCAAGUGGAGGAUGUCCUAACAGGUCAGAAGUGAAGGGUCAGGUCAGAGGAUAUUGUGGUUCUUGUUGGAUAAAGUUGCUGAUGACUCAGGACGUGGAACAGACAUGAUGAUAGCGUUAGCAAGUUACAUUGCACCCUUUAACUGUGUAUGUACGGAGGUCUAUGGGAGCAGGUCGCAGGCUCUCUUUUACAGUCAGUUCUUAAAAAGAUGUACGUGGAAAACAACGGCACAAGAUGGCAGCUUCAGCAAGUUCCAUUACUUUGUUUGUACAGAUCCUCGUGUUGAGAGCAUAGCAGGAGGUAUACACAGUCUUGUGGCCUAUGUUAUUUGUUUAAUUUUCCUUUUGUUUUUUUUUUUUUAGUUCAUGGUUUAAUUAUAAUUUUCAGAUACGAUUAUAAGGAUGCGCCACUUGCCUUUUUAAAAGCUGGGUAUGUUUUUCCAAAGCUGUCACCCUUAUAGAACACUGCUUACUACAAUGGCACUAUAAGGCAUAGGCAAAUAUUCCUUCAUCUGUUCGUUGAGAAUUGAUAUAGUGCUGGUUAUUAUUGGUAAUAAUUUAACCCUGGGUUCCUGAAUGAUUACGUGAGGGGAGUUUGACAAUUCCAGUGAGAUGCUAAUAGUGCUAACUUCAAUUUGUCAAGCAUUGCUUUGGCCAGCUAAAGGCCAUACAGAUCAUUUUUCUCAUAGUUAAAUGAACACUUGUUUCACUUUGCUACACACGAACAAAUACAAAUGCCUUUAACUGAGAUUGGGGUAGGUGUGUAUAAAGGAUUUCUGUCAUGUUCUUUCGGGGGUUAGCCUUAACUCGAAUAAGAUCUCUCUUAAAUAAUCAUUGUAGUGUAAAAUUAUAUUGUAAUGAAUGACUGUAACCUGUACUGAACUUUGUCUGUGGUUUACCCCUUUUAUUAACAUCUAUCUACUCUUGUCCUGGUUAAUCAGUAUUCCUAUUGGUGGUGUUCCACAGCAGCCUGUCUGUGGGCUUGUAGAGCAGUUUAGGGAAGGAUCUCUGAAACCUGGUACUGAGGACCAGUGUGUGCUGGACUUCACUUAAACCGUGUCAUUGAAUUGAAUGAUUCUCAAUGUCGCCAGGCUACUACUGUUAGUGAAACCAAUGUACUUUUGUUUAUUUAGUAAUGCCAAAUAUUCCAGAAAUGUUGCGAUGUACAGUCUGCAGUAGUUAAGAUAUUUAACUGUUUUAAAAAUGCCUGAGUGAUUAAAUGAUGCAAUCCAGCAAACAGGGGUAUUCUAGUACCAGGGUUAAGAAACUGCAGCUUACUGUAUGAUUUGGCAACCCCUUGCCCCAAGAAAUGUGGAAAGGAUGCCACCUGUAACCACCACUAUCCACUAGUGAGGCCACAGGGCAAGGUUGGUUGCCAUUAACUGUUAAAGCCCUCUCAGUUCUGUCCUUUUAAGUAUUGUUCUCAAUCUCAUGAUGAAAAUGCAAUAGAAUCUUUUGAGUCUGCUCAGUUAAUACAGUGAGGUUUAUUUUCUUCUAAGGGUCUGGUAAAGGAUGGUGCGGUUAGAGAAGAGCUUGCUCUCUGCUCUACUGUAUUUGACGAUUCUGGUAAUGUUUCAAGGACCUUUUUUUCUGAUAAUAUAAACACUGGAGUGAUAAAAACAAAAGUAAAAAACAUGAAAUAUGGAUUUUUUUUUUUUAUGUUCUAGAUUUUAGUCUUUAGACAGAGCCUCUUACUACUCAACUUGACAAAGAUGGCAGAACCAUUUGGAUCAGUACUGUGUUGAGAGCCCAGGGCGUUUUAGUCAUUUCAAGAUUAGAGGUGGUAGUACCUCAAGAAAAUGACUGUUUUUAUACAGGUCCCCUUCUAUUUGUAGUGAAUUAUAUUGAUAUAAAUAUUAGGUAAGCAACAGCAUCUACAUUAGCUAUCACAAGUUAGUAUUUUCUUUGUCUUUAUUAGUCUUGCAUGCAGAGUUAUGGUCCUCAGUUAAGAUAGGAUCUUAUAUUGAUUAUUAUUUUGUCUAAGCAAAAUACGUGCAUAAAAAUAACUUCUUUAAAAAAUGUUACAUUUGAUUAUUGUAAAAAUGGGGAAACUAAUAUGUACCAUUGUGAUCCAAUUAGUUUUAAUUGUAAGGGGAGAGGCUUCCUACCAUUAUGCUGAAAUAAAAUACUUUAUAAAAGA